ACGCACAAAUGAACAUAUUCUAAUACAUUAUCAGUAUUGUAAUUAAUGUGAAUAGUGGAGUUAAAUGAAAGUCGCUUUGAAAAAAAAACACGCCAGCUAAAUGCCAAAAUGGUGUAAAUAUGAUGAAUGUAAAUCAAAUGCGAGUGUGAGGGAUAAUUCCUAAUGUUUAAUGUGAGGGUAAGUGUUUGUGUUCAUUAAUGUGUGUGUUUGUAUACAGGUUUAUCUGUUUAUAUAUUUUUGUUUGUAUGUUUUGUUCUGAUGUCAUAAUCCGCAGCGUCGCAUGCAGGGGGCGCUACAGCAGCACAAAUCAAACCUACACACACACACACACACACACACACAAGUGAUUUUAAAUCGAAAAGAGUCCGUUUUCGUGUUUGACACACUGAAUAUCAUUAUAGUUGUUAUUUACGGAUGUUGUUAAUUUUAGCAGCAGUUAUAGAUGAUGAUGGUGACAUUGAUGUGGAAGUGUUUGAGGAAAGAUCUCGGGGAUUUUCAGAGAAGUGAGAUACGCGGUUUCUACAGAAGCGAGAAACGAACCGCAACAUUUCAACCCUUUAAUGCUCUUCAAACGAGAAGAAAGAAAGAAAACGGAAAGCUUUUAUCUGAAACAUCUCUUUGAGUAACGUUAGAUGAGUGAUGUUUCACCUAGAAAUCAGAUCAGAUGAGAUCAGACUCAAGUUUUUGUUGACUUGAAGAGGACUUGCAGAUGUGAGCUGGGAGGAGAUGGCCAGGAUGCUAAUUCUGACUCUGAUGAUGAUGAUGAUCCUACAUGAAUCCCUCACAGAUCAAAGUUUACGGUGUCAUCAUGAUUAUUUCAACACAUUCACAUGUGUGUGGAACAUUUCCAAUCUAGAUCUCCAUCCGCCCAUCACAGCCGACACAAACUGCACCCUGCAUGUGUAUGUUAGAAAAAGAUACAAUACUUAUACUAAAUCGAAGCGAAUGACCAUGAAGAGUUCAGAGGUCAACAUCCUCACGGCCAGCGUUGUUUUUGAGGAAAAGGGUGGAAUCAUAAUACAGUUUGCCAAUAUUUCUCAAAAUGUGACGUGUGAGAAUCAUAAGAACCCCGUGGCUCAGACAAAAGAACAAAAAGCCCAAGAGAUCGAAGUGAAAGUGUUUCCUCCUGUGGAGCUGAAAGUGGACGGGUUCAAUGUUUCGUGGAGUCAUGGAAGUCCUCUGAACAAAUAUUUGAAGUAUCAUGACUUUGAGCUGCAGUUCAGAUCUGAUGAGGAAAACUGGAUGGAUGUGGAGAGAACUCAUGUAGAGGGUCUUUGGUUGGUGCUUCCUAAGGAUUUACUGGUCUUAGAUCAGCGCUAUGUGCUCAGGGUGAGAGAUAAAUUAUCCAGUCAAACUACUGCUAAGUGGAGCGACUGGAGCACAGAGUACAAGUGGACCUCUAAAGUGGGUAAACCACGCCCCCUACCCGUGGCUGCUGAUUCUCUGGAGCUGAACUCAUCUUCACUCAUCAUCUGGAUCACAGUCACAGGAAUGGCUCUCGCACUCAUGUUAAUCCUCAGCCUUCUCGUCAAAUGUAAUGGAAGCAAAUGUCUGCAGAAGAUUCGUUCUUCAUAUAUUCCUGAUCCCAGCAAAUUCCUCAAUGAUUUAAACUUGGAUCAUAAGGGAAACUUCACAUCUGGUCUGGUUUCAUCGUUCGCUCUUGAUCACUUCAUCACAGUCGACUCUGAGUUGGUCAGUCCGGUGGAGGUGGUGAAGCUUCAGGACAACCUCAAGUGUCGUUUGGUGGACAGACACGGCGACGCUUCGAAGAACGGAUGGGAAAACACCUCCAAAACCUCCAACUUCUCAAACUCCACCUACUUUCUGUCUCAGAGCUCAAAGGGGCCCGUGGACGCUCUUGAACCCUGCUCUGCGCACUGCUCUUACGGCCCUGCUGGGGGCAUCGGUGGCCCGGGAGAGGUCAUGCUGAACAGCGCCGACGUCACUCGCGAUGCCGAGGAGAGCAACGAAGCGUCUGAGCUGGAGACUCUGAAGAGGCUGGAGCAGCUCCGGCAGGACACUCAAAGUCCAGAUUCGGGGUUCGCCGCGGGGGCUGACGACAGCAUGGAGGAGACUGACCUCCCCAGUCCUCCCCCCCUCCUGAACCUGCUCGUCCCGCACCCAGACAAACACCUCCCGCUGAGCUGUGAGCAGACGCCUCUUGUACCAGGACCCUUCCGUCUGAUUCCUCACAUAGACUUGGACCUGAAGCUUUUGAGUUCCUGUGGAAUGAUCGAGCCCUGUAGUGGCGAUUACAUGCCAGUCGCAAAUGUCCAAAACUAAUGCGGAAUUGAUCUGAGAUUAGCUGCGGUUUACUGUUCUUGUGUUACGUCAAGACUCUCUCAGAUUACCACUAGAAAUAUUGUGACGUUUUAGAGAAGCAACAGUGAGCGGUUUUAGGAAUAGAAGGAAAGUUAAGAAAAGAGAGUUUUGAAGUGAAAAUGAUGCAGAGACAUUCAGGUUUUUAAAAGCCUGCUAAUAAUAUUAUAACCCUCAUGCGCUGUAUUAAUAUAAAGAUAUAUAUUUGAUUUAUAGGACUGUAAUCAAUGGCAUUCAUUUGUUACGCUUUAGAAGAAACACAAAACCACAAGACGUUGAUGUGUGGCUUCAUUGGGAUCCGUUCAUUUGUCUGUUAUCGUCCUAACAUCUGUCAGUAGUUCUCAGUUACUACAGGUCGCUGCUAUCGUUUAAAAAAAGAAGUGUGUGUGCAUGCAUGCGUGUGUGUUACAGCUUUAUUCUGAGUGGGUUUCAGACUGGAUGAAAGACACACACAGGUUUGUAUCAUAGUGCAAAUGUAGCAACUCUGUUAACAUAUAAUGAAGCUUCACAGAUAAAACCUUGGAUUGGACUCACAUCUUUGUUUGUGGCUCUUGGACGUUCACAAGAAAAACGUUGUUUUCCUCAAACAGUUUAUGGCCCUUUGUUUCCACACUUCCCCUUUACUAUAAAUAAAAUUACAUUACAUAACUGA